AUGAGGUCUCGCGCUGUUUCGCCCGGAGGGGCACUGUUGAGAUCUUCUCGACUGUUCUCCCUCCCAAAGCCAUUACCCGAGCCUCAAUCGACAAACUUGCACAUUGGCGAUCACAAGUCUCCCACGAUGACACGACAAUACCCGCAGCACCAGUCCAUCACAUCUCCUCUUUCGUCCCGUGAAAAGGGUGACUGGGGCUUCAAGCGACCAUUCCCUCUCAAGUCCACCUUAACGAGCUCAACACCCUUGAUCCGAGUCAACCAGGUCGAUUCUAUCGAGAGCGUUACUGAUUUCGCCUCUGCUGCCGACCAUACUCUUUCUCUUGAGAAGUUUCAGGAAAUGCGAAUUCCCCUUUCGAUCCCCAAAGGAAACGAGAGAAGCGGCAUAGCUGUGAGGAAUGAUGCUUGGCGAAAAUCCGUGUUCGAGGAGGACCUCGAUUUUACCGAGUAUCGCCAAGGACGAGUUGAUGAUAAGCGAUGGAAGUUUAGAGGUCCGUGGCUGGCUAGGAUGACUGAGGGUGAUUUUAUGGCAUAUCUCGAAAAAAAAGUACGACCUCAGCGAGCUCAGUUCAGAGAGCUACUCAAAACGAGACUUGCCGAAUCUCUAAACUCCAAACAAGCCACGGCUGCCAUGGAACGGGGCAACACCGCGCCAAAAAAAAUCCGGCCUAAACACAUCACCGAGGAUCAGUUCACAGACUAUGUGCGGUCUUUGCGAAGUGAUCGUGCUACACUGUAUGGCCUGGUCUCCAAGUUCCUUGACCUUGCUCCUCUUGGCCAGCCUGUUGGCAUUAUCCAGACCUUCCUCGCCGCUGGAGACAAUGCCGCUGCUGAGAGUCCGUACGGAAAGUCUGGACCUCCUCCUAGCCAUCCCUCUGCUGGCAUUAGUUAUUUGAGGACGAACUCCUUCAUGGAGAACCACCCCGUCUACGGACCUCAAAAACAGCGCACUCCUGUGCUCUCUCGAGUAGUUUACCCCAGGCAAGGCCCCUCACCUGCCAAACUUGGUGUUGGUGGUUUCGUGGCCGACUCUCCCCCAGGAGACAACGAGUUCAACACCAGAGACUCCCGCCAAAGGGUUUCGCAGAACAAGAAGAUGCUUACUGGUAUUACACACCUUGACACAACGACCUUCGGUGGUGCCAAGGCAUAUGUCAGCCCCGAGACUGCAACAGUCGACCCUAGUGGAAAGGUCGUGCUGCAACUCCGAGAGGCCAACACUGAGGCCCAACUUGUUGCUAGAGAAGCUCAGGGCCGUGCUAAAGUGUACAAUGCGACAAAGCAAGUCAAGAAAACGAGUGAAGAAGCUGAUCCUUGGCGAGCCGAGCGUGUCGCUAAUGAGCUCAUUGGUGAUGAGACUGCUCCUACUCCCCAAGAUGAUGCAGUGAGCAGCUCCAAGAACUACGGCCUUGAUAACGACAAUAAGCAAUAA